UUCGAGAAGCUAUCCGAUUGAAACAUGGUUGGCGCAUUUACAAAAUUCCCCUUUUUCUUCGACAGGAUGUUGCAGAAGAACUAUCCGAUUAUAAACAUUUUCGGUAUACCCACGCGACCUCUACGCCGCGACGCACAUUGUUAGAAUGGCGCACUAUCCACCCAUCUCCCGACGGGACUACAUCCGAACCCGCCUCACCCCAACCGGCCCAUCCGACGAAGCAGAAUGCCCAAUCUGCCACGACGCUUGGAACGCCGAACUCCUCAACAACAUCGUCGCCACCCACUGUGCGCAUGUCUUCCACAAAGCCUGCAUCCUGGAAUGGUUCCUCAAAAGCGACCUGGACAACAACAACACCUGUCCAUUCUGCCGAAGACACUGCUUCGUCCCAGUCCUAACCACAUUCCGCAUCACGGAAGAAGACACGGACGUAGAAGUAAUCGCAGAAUUCUUCGAGCGAUUCCAAGCCACAUAUGGAGGGGAAAUGCAGGUUGAUUAUCUGCGUGAGGUGCUCGGAUUCAACGUCCAGGAUGCCGAGGACAAGGACAGGUUCCGGAAUCUGCUGGACUACUUCUUCAACAUUACGGAUGUCGACAUGGUGGAAGGCUCUGCUCCUGAGUGUGGCGACGUCGCGCACAACUUGAUGCGCUCUUGGAUCAUCCUUGAAGUCCUACACUGCCUUGGAUGGCUGAUGGAACCAGAGGUGUGGAGCAGCCUUCUUCGCGAACGCGCGGCGUACUUUAAGAGAGCUGAGCAUUACCUGCUAAAUGUGCCUGCGACAAGGAGCCCGGACUUCUUCGACGCGGUUGUGCGCUACCAACGGCUCCCGGUGUUUGAGUUCCCAGUCACGAGUUGGUCAGGAACCCGCCCGGUAACGGAGGUCAUUCGCAGCCUGAUCAGCGUAGAGCGUCAGGUCCCGGAAGUAAGCACUUUGGCUGUGCGGUCCGGGCAGGCAGAGAACAAUGGACCGUGCGGGGAUGUGAUGCUGUCGGGAGCUUUUGGUCUCUUAGUGAAGCUGUGUUCACGAGAGCUGAUGUGUGUGGUUGAGCUGCAGACUGGAUGCCUCCAUCGUGUUAUUGUGGAUAACGAGCGGCACACUGUUAUGGUUGAGACGAGUCGGAACAGGAUCCUUCUAUUUACAUUUAUCUUUGGGGACAUUGAUGCUCGAGGGUGAUUUCAAGGCGCUGUGGGCUAGGAUAUGAUUCCAUAUUGUGAUCAAUUAUUUUUUGGGAAUAGAAACUUCACUCCUAGCACUUCGGCGG